CCUGCGUCUGCGGGGACGUCGGGCACGCCGUUCUUCUGUCCUGUGCUCCAGCGCGCCAGCCGGGACUACGAGUCGGCAGCUGGGCGUGCCAUGCCAAAGCCCCAUGGGCGUGCUAUGCCAACGACCCAAAAACAUGCACUGGCUCUGGAUGAAUGGCGCGUGGCGCUACGGCCGUGGACGACGUGGCGUGCACCACGACCCUUGAACCCGUGUCGGCUAACUGCAGUCUACUUGUUCCGUAUGACAGGAUUGUGGUCAUGUUAAGGUGAGAGCGGCAGCACAGAUUAGGAGUGGACGCCGAGCGCUCUAUCAUCUCUUGAGAAUACAAGGGAUGUCCGCGGCCGCUGCCGUUGCGGCGGCUGGUCUGGCCGCCAGCGGCGGCGCCACACUUGCGGACACGGCCUACCAGCGCACGGUGCGCCGCGUGCUCAAUACCACCAACACGCUGCGCGAGCUGGGCGUUGACGGCGACCUGCAGGUGCCCACGCUGGUGAUUGCGGGCGACCAGUCCAGCGGCAAGAGCAGUGUGGUGGAGGCCAGUGCCGGCGUGCCCCUGCCGCGCUCCGACGGCACAUGCACGAGGUGCCCCACCGAGGUCCGCAUGAGGACGACCCAGCAGCUACCCGCAGCUACCGGUGUGUGUGGCGGCUCUGCGCUGUCGGCAGCUGCCGCCAGCAGCCCGCCAGGCCCUCACAGCGGCGAGGACGGCGAGGACGACGAGGACGAUGAGGACGAAGAGGACGAAGAGGACGACGCUGUGGUGAACAACGCCGCGGGCCUGCCCCCGGGCACCACCCGCGGCGGCGGCGGUGGCAGCAGCGCCUCCGCGUGGCAGUGCCGCAUCAAGCUGUGCCGCGAGUUUGACAGCGACGGCGUGCGCCUGGCCACGAAGCCGCCCGAGCAGCCGUUCUGCGUCGUGAGGGACAAGGCGCACAUCGCCACCUGCGUGUUGGCCGCACAGGCUGUGCUGCUCAACCCACGCGCUGUGGAGGACACGCCGGGUGGGGCUGGUGCCUUCGUUCCCCUGCUGUCCAGCGCCCAGCCCGGCCGCCAGCCCGCUGCCGCCGCCAAGCUGCUCGCGCUACGCGAUGCCUCCCACUACGAGCUGCCCUUCACGCCCAACAAGGUGGUGCUGGAGAUCGACGGCGCCGAGGCGGACCUGACCAUCAUCGAUCUGCCAGGCAUCAUACACAGCCACGAGGACCCGAGGCUCAUCGAGCUGGUCAAGGACAUGGUCAAAGCCAACCUGGCGCCGGAGCACCACAUCAUCGCAAUGGCGCUGCCUGCCGGGCAGGACGCCGAGACGCAGGCGAUUCGCCUCAUGACUCGCGAGGUGGACCCGGACGGCAGGCGCAGCAUUGGCAUCAUCACAAAGCCCGACAGGGUGCCGGAGCACGAGGCUGGAGAGACCCUCAAGCUGAUUCGGCUGGUGGGGGCAUGCGGCGCACCGCCUGCGGGAGCUGGCGCAGCAGGAGGCUCGGCGCGGGUGGCGCACCCCCAGCACCCCCUGGGCCACUACGUUGUCAAGAACCCCAGCCAGGACGGCCUCGCGAUGAACAUCACCUUUGAGCAGGCGCGGGCCGACGAGGCCGCGUACUUCGCCGGGCACAAACACUGGGCGGCCGCGCUGCGACGGCAGCCCGAGCUACAGCGGAGGAUGGGCGCCGCCGCGCUGCGCCGCGGCCUCAGCGGCCUGCUGGUGGAGCUGGUCAUCGCGCAGCUGCCUGAGAUGCGGCGCAGCUGCCGGGAGCUGCAGGCGGCGGUGCAGGAGGAGCUGGGCGCCAUGCCGCAACCCAUCCAGGACGCGCCGCGGGAGUUGGACCGGAUGCUGACACGCGUGGCGGCCGCACUGCGCUGCCACACACGCGCAGACGACGACUGCACCUUCUACCAGCGCACCCAGGCCAUGUACGACGACUACUGCGAGCGCGUCAUGCGCUGCCUGCCCGCCUUCCUGGUGGGGACCACACUCAUCGGCACGCUGGACGCGUCUGGCAAGGGCCCAGACGCGGCCGCCGCCGCCGCCGCGGCCGGUGGCGGCGACAGCGACGCACAGCUGCAGCAGGUGUGGGAGGGCGGCGCUCUGGAUGUGUCGGCCCUGGCGGCGGCGCUGGGCGCCCCCGCCGUCACCACAGAGGCCGAGGCGGCGGCGUUUCUCUAUAGCGACGAGGUCCAGCAGCUGCUAACCGACCACCUGCUUCCACAGACGUUCAUGACCCUCGCCGAGGUGGUGGAGCUGCGCCAGCGCCACCUAGGCCGCGAGCUGCCCGGCUUCAGCCCCUACAGGGCCAUGGAGUGCCUGCUCCAGCGCUUCAAGGGCCAGUGGCGCGGCCCGGCCCUGGCCUGCUUGGGCAACGUGGCGGCGGCCGCCCACGACCUGACAGACCAGGUGGUGGCGGUGGAGUUCCGUGACUUCCCCGCCGGCAGCCGCGCCGUGACCGAUGCGCUGUGGCGACGUGUGGAGGGCCUGUCGGACGCGACGGCGGAGUUCAUUGAGAAGCAGCUGCGCAUGGAGGAUAGGGACGUGUACCCGGGCGACAAGGCGCAGCUGCAGGAGUUGCAAGCCGACUUCCUGGCCCGCAUGAAGCGCGCCUACCUGCGGCCCAACGCACUGAGCGACGAGCAGCGGCAGCAAAUCGAAAUAAAACUGGCGGAGCUGGCGACCUACGGCGUCAAGUUUGCCAGUUUCGAUGCCGCCUUCCUGGCCCAGCCCACGCCGGUGGAUGACGAGCUGCACAUGGCCGCCUCCUGCCUCGCCUACUUCAAGGUCAGCAGCGGCGGUGUAGGCGGUGCGAUCCUGGUCGCCUUCGGCCGCGUCCGGGCCUCUGUGCCCAUGCCCAUCCGCGACACGCUCCUGGACCGCCUGGGUGACCCGUAUGAGGUGGCGGCGGCGGUGCAGGCGGCGGGGCAGGACAUUGUGGCAGCUGCCCCCCGGCUGCUGGCGGAGCACCCGCACCUGGCGGCCCGGCGGCUGUGGUGCGCCGAGCGGCAGCAGCGGCUGCGAGAGGCGCUGGAGGCACUGCACAGCCCCGCGGCAGGGGUGCCCCUGCACCCGUAAUGGGCGGGCUACGGUCGGCCCUGGCAUAUGCAGGACGCGGCAUGCGCUGCAGUGGCUCCACAGCUGUUUUGAGAUUCGGGUGUUUGGGAUUCGUGCCGCGGGCAGCGGCGUCGUGGGAGAGCGCAACGGCAGUGCUGCGGCGGUGGCCCCCCACAGGCCACGGCUGCCGUCGUCGCCAUUGCUAACGUUGGACGCGUGCUGCCCCCCGCCGGCGUCACCCCCGCGGCUGCACCAUCAGCUGCGCCAUCGCAUCAGGCGACGAGACAGCACUGGCGUGGGCUUGGGCGUUUGACAUUGGGGCAGCGGGCUGGCCGCUGCCGCUGCUCACAUUCCCGGGGACUGCGAGGUAGCUCAAGGCAGCGGAUAGGUGCAGUUGUGGCUGCGACGAUGCUUGUCCCAAGCAGCCGCGGCAGGGGCUAUGGUUGCAGACGCCAUAUCACAGUGCUUUUCUAAGCGCCUCAAGUCCUGUGUUAUGAGUUUGAGGUUUGCACAGCACCGAGCCCCGACCACAAAGCGUUUCCCCGGCUGUCCCGUGAAAGGCGCUAGGCACGAGCGGCGGUGCGUGUGCCUGAGAGCUUUACCCCGUAUCCAGCCCAGGGCAUAAGGUGUUCCCGCGGCUGUCCCUGAUAAGGCGUUGGGCGUGAGCGGCGAUGCGUGUGCCUGAGAGCUUUACCCCGUAUCCAGCCCAGGGCACGAGGCGUUCCCCCGGCUUUCCUUCAUACGGCGUUGGGCGUGAGCGGCGGUGCGUGUGCCUGAGUAAGCACUGCAUGAGUAGCGUGUCUGCAGCUGAACAUGGGGGGAAAGGUACCUUGCGUCUUACCCUCUGAUAUGCCUGGUUUUGUGGUUUGGUUCCUGACCGAAUCGUCCUGAACACUAUGCAGGCUUACGAAGGGCAGCACGGGUGUGGCUAGAUGUGGACUGGAGCGCUGGCACCGGCAGCAUGCGGAGUCUGCGGUAGCACUGUGCAGCAGGUCGGACGUUGUGGUUGAGGUCGUUGUGUGUUUGGCAAGACUUAGUAUGGGUACCACCUGUACCGCUUAUGCCUUGGCGGGUGGCGUUUGGUUGUUCCGCGGAAAUGGCUACAUGCACAUCUGUGGCUAGCUAUGGACUGGAGUGCCGGCACCGGCAGCAUGCAGAGUCUGCGGUAGCACUGUGCAGCAGGUCGGACGUUGUGGUUGUCGUGUUUGGCAAGACUUUAGUAUGGGCACACCUCUGCGAUGCCGCUUAUGCCUUGGCGGGUGGCAUUUGGUUGUUCCGCGGAAGUGGCUACAUACGCAUCUGUAUUCAAUGUUACGGUAGGGCACGUUCGGUGAGCGAGGAGGUCGAUGGGUGACAGGGCAUGUGGAGCGGGCAGACUUCCUUUCCAGGGUGUGCGAUGGCGGACUAAAAGCCUAAGGAGAGGCUGGUGUGUGAUGGGACAGUGUCAAGGCAGGUUGGUAAAGUCCCGUAGGGUGCAGCUGAUUCCCAGAACCCAGCAGAUGACAAACAAUUUGCAACUAACGGAGAACAAG